GCGCGACUGGAUGCGGAGGAGGCCUUAGCACAGCUGCAAAUCACCGAGGAGGAAGAGAUGGGUGACCCACAGGACCAUGAUGUGGUCCUUCUCUAGGAGCAAAGCAUGAGGUAUUACUGGACCGCCAGAGCCGCGGACAUGAGGUCGCCCAUUCAACACCCUCAUGUUCCAGCGAAUAACUUUGAGGUGAGCACCUCUGUAAUCACCAUGCUGCGCGGUUUGGUGGUAUUCCGUGGCAAGGAGGGGGAGUGCCCCCGAUCACACCUAAGGCGAUUCCACGAGCUCAUCAAUGGGAUCAAGAUCAAUGGGGUCCCAGCCGAUGCAAUCCAGUUGAGAUACUUCCCAUUUACUCUGGAGGGGCAGGCCAAGGAGUGGCUAGACACUCGACCUCCAGGCUCGAUCACCACGUUCGCAAACCUGGCGGAUAAGUUCCUCGCUCGCUACCAUCCCCCGUCCAAGACGGCGGACCUGUAGAAGCAAAUUAGCCACUUUGCUCAGGAUGAAGAUGAGACCAUCCGGGAUGCUUGGGAAAGAUACACUAGUCUUUUCUUCAAGUGUCCAACCAUGGUUUUACCGACACCUUCAAGGUGGGCACCUUCUACCAUGCCCUCUUCUUGGAAGACAAGCAGCUGAUUGACUCGGUUUGUGGCGGGAAUAUGCUAACCAAGGCAUCGUCACAGUUGAAUCAACUUUUUGAAGAGAU